AUGUCUGACACCGGCCGCAAGGAUUUCUCCACCAAGGCUAAGGAGGAGAUCACUCCUGAUUCCUCCAAGUCCACCAUGGACAAGGCUAAGGAGUCUUUCACUGACACCACCGACCGUGUCGCCCGCGGCUUCCAGACCGAUGACAGCAAGGGCGGUGCUCAGCAGACUUUCGACAAGACCCAGCGUGCCCACGACAAUGAGGCGCACGGCGGUGCUACCGGCUCUAUUGGUGAUAAGGUCAAGAAUGCGCUCGGCAUGGACAACAAGUAA